AGCAAAUUUUCUUUUAUAAAAAAAUUAAAGAAUGCAAUUUCUUGUAAUUAUGAUAUGCAUUCAAUUGCUUGUAGCAUAAGUUGAGACAAAUGGUGAUAAUAAUGAAAAAUGCGAAGAAUAUUUCAACAACAUUUAAUAAUCGAUAAUGUCUGGAUAAAUACCAAAGAAUUUAUCACCAUAAACAAUUCUCAGCUCUGGAAAAGGCCUUUAAGAUUUAGGUUCUUAUUUGGUUUGUAGAGAUACUACUGAUUUACAUUAUAUUCACCUAAGAAUGGUAAGUGGAGGAAGACCUCUACAUAUGGGGUUUUGUUUACCCAUAUUUUGUGAAAUGGAUUACCUUUAGAAUUACAAUGAACCAACAAAAGAAUUUAUAAAUAAUCUAACCGUAUUUAUAUAUAGUUUCCUUAGAAUCUUUAAUACAAUAAGUCGAUGAUUGAUAGUGUUUCCUAUUAGGAUCCUGAAUAAAUGUAUCCAAGAUGGACUGUUGGAACUUAUUUGACUCUUGUUAUGUUCAUAGUCUUAAUAGGUUUAAAUAUCAUUGGAAGCAUUUUCUCAAUUAUCGCAGAAAAUAAAAAAAAAGCUUAUCAAGAUGAUUUGUAGAUAUAGAUCAAAAAGAAAGCAGCCUAGAAAAUAAAUGAAUCUAAACUUGAAGAAUAAUCUUUAAAGGAAUCAGUAAAUUAACUUUAUAGGAGAUCAGAAAUAAUUCGUAAGUAAAAUUUAUAAAAUUAGAAAAUGAAAUCAUGGAGAAUUAGGAAUCUGCAUUUAUGAGUGGUAAAGGCUAGUUUGAAGAGAUUAAAUUUAAAUAAUAUUAGGAGCCAUCAUGGGAAAGAUUUGCUUUAAGUUUUUCCUUUAUUCACAAUUAUUAGAAAUUAUUUAAGAUAAAUGAACCAAAAGGAGAGAAUGCAGGUUUUGUGAUUUUUAAUGGAAUAAGAGCAUUAUCAAUAUUUUGGGUCAUUUAUGGACAUGAUUAAUUAAUUAGAGGAUCUAAUUCUUUUAAUGUCAUAGAUAUCCCUUAUAAAAUAACUGAACCUGGAUGGUUAACACUUACACCAGCUGCAUAUUUUGCUGUAGAUACAUUCUUUUUUGUGGGAGGUUUUUUAGCUGCUGUAUUAUUAUUGGAAAAAUUAACCAAAUUAAGAACAAUAAAAUUUACAUUAGUUCCUGCUAUGUGGUUACAUAGAUUCUUAAGAAUAUGGCCAACUUAUGCAUUUUGUAUAUUAGUUUAUUGGUAAUUAACUGUUUAUUGGUCUGAUGGACCUAUAUGGAAUGAAUAUAUAGCUAUGACUUCUACUUGUAAUAAUUAAUGGUGGAAGAAUCUAUUAUUCAUAGAUAAUAUGUUUUCACAUGAGAAUAAUGGAUUAAAUUAUUGUUUUGGUUGGGGUUGGUAUUUAUCAAAUGACUUUUAGAUAUUUCUUAUUACUCCAAUCUUAUUAAUUAUAUAUGCUAAAAAUAAAAAGAUUGGAUUAGCAUUGAUUGUAUUAUUACUAAUAGGAAGUAUCUUCUCUGCUUAUUAUAUUGCUUAUUCUCAUGAUUAUCAUUUAUAGAUGGGUGCACCAAAUGCUAAACCAUAACCAGAUUAUUAAGAUGUCUUUUAUUAUAAACCUUGGGUCAGAAUUUCUCCUUAUUUAAUUGGCAUACUCUUUGGAUUCUUCUAUCGUAAUUAUAUUAAUGGACAAAAUAAAAAAAUUGUUGAUUUAGCCUAAAAGAUUAAAGAUAGUGUAAUUAUCAGAACUCUCUUUUAUGUAAUAGGAAUUGGAUUAACUUAAACUAUUAUAUGGAUUAUUGUUCCUUUAUAAAAAGAUAUGAAUGCUUGGUCUCAAUAAGCUUAAUAUUUUUAUUAGGCAUUCAAUAGAGUGUUUUUUGUUUUAGGUGUUGGAUUAUGUAUAACACCUGCUCUCUUAGGUUGCAAAAAUGACCCAUCUAGAUUUAUGUAUUAUUAAUCAUUUAUCAUUAGACUUGGACAUCCAUUUUGGUAACCUAUAGCUAGAAUUUCAUUUUGUAUGUAUUUAACUCAUUUCAUUGUUAUUUUAUUCAUGACUUUCAGUUCAACUUAAUUAGUUUAUUACUAGUAUUCACAUAUUCUUUUUUUUACACUUACAGAUAUUGUUUAUACAAUUAUUAUAGGUGGUAUUAUAAGUUUAGCUAUUGAAGUAAAAAAUUUCUUUUAUCUAUCUAGGUACCUUGCAUGAAUUUAGAAAAGAUUCUAUUUGCUCCAAAAAAAAAGGAAGUAUUGAAAUGGAAUGGUAAUUAAAUAGGAGAGAAGAAUGAUUUAUGA